ACAAGGCGCCGCGGGCUCAGCACCCCGGCGCUGCCGGUGACGUCAGGCUACCGUCCUGUCAGUCCCUUCGCGCGCCAAAUUCGAACGGGGCGCCGGGCUGGGCGCGAGCGCGGCGGCGGAAGAGGCGACGGUUAUUUCCGUUACGGCCGUUAUCGGCUCGCGCUGCGGCGGCAGCGUUCCCGUUCUUCGAGACGUACUCAGAAAGCAGCUCUGCGCCUCCAUGGCCACUCCUCCCAAGCGUGGCAGGCUGGAGGGCAACAUCAAGAAGAUUGCGGUCGAGGGCAACAUCGCUGCAGGGAAAUCAACAUUUGUGAAUAUUCUCAAACAAGCUGAUGAAGAAUGGGAAGUUGUUCCUGAGCCUGUAGCAAGAUGGUGCAAUGUUCAACAAAAUGCUGAAGAAGAUGGUGAGGAGCUGACUGCGUCACAGAAAAGUGGUGGAAAUGUGCUUCGGAUGAUGUAUGAGAAACCGGAGCGGUGGUCUUUCACUUUCCAGACAUAUGCGUCCCUCAGUAGGAUCCGAGCUCAGCUCAGAUCCCUUGAUGGGAAACUCCGAGAGGCAGAGAAUCCUGUGGUCUUCUUUGAGCGAUCUGUCUAUAGUGACAGAUACAUCUUUGCAGCUAACUUAUAUGAGUCUGAUUGUAUGAACGAGACUGAAUGGACUAUUUACCAAGACUGGCAUGACUGGAUGAAUAAACAGUUCGGUCAAAGGCUAGUGCUAGAUGGGAUCAUUUAUCUCAGAGCUACUCCUGAGAAAUGUUUAAAUAGGAUUUACUUGCGUGGAAGAGAUGAAGAACAAGAAAUUCCUAUUGAAUAUCUGGAGAAGCUUCACUAUAAACAUGAAAGUUGGCUUCAGCAUAGAACAUUGCGAACUGAUUUUGAAUACCUACAGGAAAUACCUAUUUUAACAUUAGAUGUUAAUGAAGACUUCAAAGGCAAAAAGGACAGAUAUGAUCACAUGACUGAAAAGGUCAAAGAAUUUUUGAGCACACUAUAAUCCUCUUUGAAGCAUAGGCAGAAUGAAACUGUUCCAAACAUCUGUGAGAUCGAGGUCUGAAGUACAACUUCUGCUUUUGUACAAGGCCUCUGGAGAGGCAGGACUCAACCCUGUUAAUUAAUUGUGAGGAACAAACAAAUUUUCUGUAUAGAGAAAUUAUUUAAUAAAUCAAUAGGUCUUUUCAGUAUUAUAUAAAGUAACAGGCAAAAAAAAUGAAGGUACUAGAAUCCUGAGAGUUUCCAAAUAUUACAUCUGUUUCUAAUCAGAGAAAUAAGUUCUGUAGUAUUCUGUUGGGUGUUUUUUAU